UCCCGCCCCCCCAGGAGGGAGGAUGGCCCGGCCGUUUGCACCCUGAGCUCGGUGGAAGGCUGCCCCUGUCCUGAACCCCGUCCCCCCAAUCCCCUGUCACCCCCCGGCCCGAGGGCAGUGCCAUGGCCGAGAGCCUGCGGAGGCUGGCCAGCCUGGGCACCUGCAAGCUGCUGCAGGACAAGCUGGAAUCCUGGUACGAGGAUUACCACCUGAAUUCGUGCGACGAGAACGUGAACCGCUGUUGCGAGAUCAUCGAGCUGAGCUCCCGGAUCCAGGGCCAGCUCUUCUCCAUCCUCAGCCUCACCGCGCAGGAAGGGGGCUACUACGCCGGGGUGGAAACCAUCAAGACCCGCCUGCUGCCGUGGUUGGGGAACUGCUUUGCCAGCACAUCCUGGAGCCCAUCCUGGGACACCCCAAAGACCCUCAUUCAGGAGUCCCUGGAAAAGGACCGGCAACUGAGGGCUCUCUGCAGCAGCCGCGAUCGGGAGCUCCAGGACCUGGAAUCCGAACUGACCACCAUGCGCUUCCAGCUCGGCAGGGUCCAGCAAGAUCUGGCCCAAGCCCAGCUGGCUCUCGAAGACACCAAGGCCAAAUCCUCCACCACCCUGCUGGCCGCUGAGGAAGAGAUAGUCAAGCUGAAAUCCGAGCUCCAGGCGUCCCAGGCCCAGGAUGAGGCUCACCAGUGGAACCUGGCCCGGCUGGGAGACUACGAGCGGCAGAUGCAGCGGUUGAGGGAUGAGAUGGCCAAGCUGGGCGGGGAGAAAUCCACUGUCCAGAACAGGAUCUCCCGGAGCCGGUCCCCCAGCCCCGGCCCCCGUGGCAGCCGGUCCCCCAGCCCCAGGCCCCGGCGCCCCUCCCCCAGCCGCCCCUGGCCGACCGACGCUUCACGCCAAGCCCACCUGGUGUCCCGCUUCAACGCCGUGUACUCCCAGGAGCGCCGGGAGGCGCAGGCCCUGCUGACGCGCUACAUCGAGGACCCGGAGGUGGUGCAUCGGAUCCUGUACAUAGCCACCGUGGAAUCCUUCCGGGCGGCCAAGACAGCCUUCAGGCACUUCAAGAUCCGCGUGAGGAAGUCGCUGGCCCCGUCCCACGUGGGGCCCGAGUCCCUGGAGGAUGCCGUCCUCGACUACAUCAGCCGCCAGCAGGAGCUGUACGACGUCCAGGGCAGCGUCAAUGAUGUGAUCCGCGCCAUGAACGUCCACCCUAAGAUCUCGUUCCCACCCGAAAUCGACUUCAUCCUGCUCAGCUCGUUCAUCCGGGAGCUGUGCCGCAUCGCUUUCGCCAUGCAGACCCUGCAGCCUGCCCUGGACAUUGCCCUGGGCACCGACGGCGAGCUCUUCAACGAGCGCAAGUACCGCCGCACGUACGACUCCGACUUCACCGCCCCGCUGGUGGUCUACCACGUGUGGCCGGCCCUUAUGGAGAACGACAACGUCGUCAUGAAGGGGGAGGCUUUCACCAAGAGAGGAGUUCUGUGGUGCCAGACGAGGAGCCGGAGCCGGAGCCGCAGUCGAAGUCGGAGCCGGAGUUCCAGCCCCGUUCGCUCCCGCUGCACCUUCCGCCAGUUUAUGCUGUCUCGCAGCCGCAGCCCCUCCCCAUUCAGGAGCCCCAGCCCAAGCCAGCGCCCAGAGGGAGGCAAGAGUCGGUCCAUGCCCGCCUCCCACCGUCUCCAGGCAGCGGAGUAGGUGCCCACAGUGUGCGAGUCCAAUGAAAGCCUAAGACACAGUCCCUAUCCUCAAGUAGCUCACAACUGAAUGGGGCAACAGGCAGACAGGGAGAGCACAGGUACCGUGGGAAAACGGAUGUAGCUGGAAGUAACAAACGACGAACCGCUAACGGGAAUAAAUCUAUCGCUAAUACACACGAA